UGUUUAUUCAUCACCCCACAGGCACAUGAGAAGCACAGAUAUAUAAGAUGCUGCACACCUGCUUGGCUCGGACAACGACAGACCUCGCCAGAUGACCUCAGCCCUCUACCAAAGUUCAGGCAUGAUGCCCGGGAGAGUGACGGAUGUCCAAGCCAGGAGCGGGCUGCCUGGAUCUUUGGCUCUUUUCCUCGUCGUCCUGCUGCUUCUCUUCUCCUCCUGCAACCUCAGCAGCGCACACAGCACCACAGUGGAGCAUGACUUCCAUAUUGUGCACAACAUGGACAACAGAAGUCCAGAGAUAGACCCCUUUUGGUACGUGGGCCGCGGCGUGAGACCCAUCGGGCGCUUCGGGAAGCGACAUAGCCGGGUUGAGGCAAUGGGUGAUGUGGGGAUGCAGCCUGUUGUCACAAUGCUGGAGUUGCUUUUCAACAGUCUGCAGAACAAGGAGAACCUGGACAAGGUGCUGAAUGGAGAGGAUGGGGACUGGUUACCAUGACAACGCGCAUCUCUCCCUUGCAUCACCCGACAAACUCUGAAUACGUGUCCAUUCUGUGUUCCUCCUUGGUGAUUGUUAAUAAAAUCAACCUGCAAAUAUGUGUUGUGUACAUAUGGAAAUGCAGUUUAUAUUGAAUAAUAAAUAUGAACUUAAUAGUC